AUGCCGACGGUCACCUGCAACGCGUGCAACGCGGGGUUCGACGAUGAGGAGCAGCAGCGGCUCCACUACCGCUCCGAAUGGCACCACUACAACCUCAAGCACAAGGUGAAGCUGGAACAGGGCCUCCAGAUGCUUACAAUCUUGAAGAGCCAUGAGGCUAAGACAACAAUCCUAGAAGAUUUUGACUUCUAUGAGCAGCGGGAGAAAGCCUUGCAAGAGAACAGACAUCAACAGUAG